CCUGAGGAGCUGAAGCAGUUGCUGAGUUUGGAGCUGCAGACCCAUGGCGAGGCACAGAAGCAGAUCCUGGAACACUGCCGGGCUGUGAUUCAUUACAGCGUCAAGACUGGUCACCCCCGGUUCUUCAACCAGCUCUUCUCAGGGUUGGACCCCCAUGCUCUGGCCGGGCGCAUUAUUACUGAGAGCCUCAACACCAGCCAGUGAGCCACCCCAAAACUCCUCCUUCCAUCCCGCAGAGGACUUAGGUUUGCUGGGAGGUGGCUCAGGGGUAGGAGAGGAGAUUGGUUUUUGCCCCUGUUGUUUUCUGGGAAUGUCUGCUGGCAGUAUUUUCUGUUCUGUCCUUUGAGCUUCCAUUCUUCAAGUUUCUGUGGCCUCCUGAGCCUGGGUUUUUCUCAUCUGUGCUUGCCACUGCCUCUUUCUGCUUCUCCUCCUCUUUUUUUUUUCCCUCCAAAAAAUUUCCUCUGUUGGCCUAGAAGAAUCUAUCUCCCACCCACCCUAUUAGUCUGUUCCCACAGUCAGCUCAUGAGUUGUUUCUCCUCUGCCAUGUACCUCUUCCAUGCCAACCUAUGCAGUGAAAUGUAAGAUGAAAUAAAGCUUUCAUCUCUGAAAAGAAAAAUUUCCUCUGUAUUCUCAAAAAAGUGAUUUCCUUCCUGCAGGCUUGAAAUCCAGCAAGUCACAAUCCUCUUUGCCCAGCCUUAUAAUCUGUGGGUUUGUGAGGUGACCCCUGCUCCAGAGGCCACUCCGUCUAUAAACCCCAGACUGUGGCCAGCUUCCCAAGUCCAGAGCAGGUUCCGGCUCAUGUUGGUAAAUGGAGAAGCAGUCAGACCACUGGUCUCUGCUGGAUGUAGGCAGCGGGGCAGAGGCUCAAUGCCGUCAUCUUCAGAUCCAGCCACCUCUAAAAGCCACACCUGCUGGCCUGGCCUCCCGGCACAGAGCGCACUUGCCUGCUUCUUUGUCACCAGCUAAUUCUCGGCUGGGACCCUUCCUUCAUUUUUCAGUGUCUCCCCUUUCUGACUCCUGUAGUUGAAGGGCCUGGCUUGGAAGUCACUCGUGUCUCUUUGCCUUUCUCAUCGGUGCUCUUCUGGCAGGUGGCUCCAUUUCUAACAUGUAUGCAAUGAACCUGGCCCGCUAUCAGCGCUACCCAGACUGCAAGCAGAAGGGCCUCCGGGCACUGCCACCCUUGGCCAUCUUCGCAUCAAAGGAGUGUCACUACUCUGUCAACAAAGGAGCUGCUUUUCUGGGAUUUGGCACUGACAGUGUCAGAGUGGUCGAGUCUGACGAGAGAGGAAAAAUGAUCCCUGGCGACCUGGAAAGGCAGAUCAAGCUGGCAGAAGCUGAGGGUGCUGUGCCGUUCCUGGUCAGUGCCACCUCUGGUACUACUGUCCUGGGGGCAUUUGACCCCCUGAAUAUAAUUGCUGAUGUGUGCCAGCGCCAUGGACUGUGGUUACACGUGGACGCUGCCUGGGGUGGGAGCGUCCUGCUGUCACAGACACACAGGCAUCUCUUGGAUGGGAUCCAGAGGGCAAACUCCGUGGCCUGGAACCCCCACAAGCUCCUAGGCGCAGGUCUGCAGUGCUCUGUUCUUCUUCUCCAGGACACCUCGAACCUCCUCAAGCGCUGCCACGGGUCCCAGGCCAGCUACCUUUUCCAGCAGGACAAGUUCUAUGACGUGGCUCUGGAUACUGGGGACAAGGUGGUGCAGUGUGGCCGCCAUGUGGACUGUCUGAAGCUGUGGCUCCUAUGGAAGGCACAGGGCGGGCAAGGGCUGGAGCGGCGGAUUGACCGGGCUUUUGCCCUUGCCCAGUACCUGGUGGAGGAAAUCAAGAAGCGGAAAGGAUUUGAAUUGGUCAUAGAGCCUGAGUUUGUCAACGUGUGCUUCUGGUUCGUGCCUCCCAGCCUUCGGGGAAAGCAGGAGAGUCCUGAUUACAGCCAAAGACUGUCUCAGGUGGCCCCUGUACUCAAGGAGCGCAUGGUGAAGAAGGGCUCCAUGAUGAUCGGCUACCAGCCCCAUGGCACCCGGGGCAACUUCUUCCGCAUGAUCGUGGCCAACCCCAUGCUGACCCGUGCCGACAUAGACUUCCUCCUCGACGAGCUGGAGAGGCUUGGCCAAGACCUGUGAGCCUUCGCCCUCUUGUGGCUGCCUAGAUGCCAUCCCCGCCCCAAGUCUGCACUGUCUCUUGUGCUUUCCAAAUAGCCUUUCUAGGAAACAAAGUGGCCUUAACCAUGUUUACAUGCUUUGACCCUCUAACUCUCUUAACUAAACAGUUGUUAUUAGGAGGAUGUUUAAACUAUAGUAUAUAAUUAUGAUGGACUGUUACUCUUUCAUUGAGAUAUUUACAAACAGAAUUUUUAUUGAUAGAAGAAAAAUUAAUAUAAUGUUAUAUGGAAAAAGCCAAAUAUAAGACUUUAUAUAUAGUGAUAAUGGAGAUAUAUUAAAAACAUAGACAGGGACAGGUGUAGUGGCACACAACUGUAAUUCUAGCCUUGGAAAGGCCAAGGAUUUGCGCAAGACCCUGUCUCCAAAAACUAUGAACUGUGCCAAAAUUUUAACAGUUUUCCCUGAGUGGGAUAAUAGGCAAUUUUAAAAUCUAUUUCUCUAUAUCUUUUGUGCUCCUCUCUUUUGAUAUGUAAGGAAUAUGAAUUACUUUGUAAUAGGAAAAUAAUAAAGUUAAAAUUUCAAAUAUUUUA